GGGACGACGACAUAAAUAAGUGGAAAAAAAAAAGAGGGAAUAAAUGAGGAAAAUAAUGGGAGAAACAGGGAAACAAGAGUAUAAAAGGAAUUGUAUGAUUUAAAAGAAGGGGAAUAGUUUUUUUCCGGUAAAAAAAGGACGCCUGGAAGGAUAGAUAUGAAUAAAAACGAGAAUAUGGAGAAUGAUGGGAUAUACGCGGGGAAAGAAGAGGAAUUAAAGAGAAAACAAGAGGGAGAAAAAGCGGAUAAAAUAGGGUAUAUAAGGGAUUAUAUAAGUAAUAAGAAUGUAAAAGAGGAAAAAAAGGAAUAUUUGAGGGUAGAAGAGGUUCUUCAAGAGAUUGGAAAUGGAUAUGAAGGGAUGAAGGAUAAGAGGAAAGGAUAUGAGGAUUUGAAAAGGAGAAAAUCGGAGCAAAAUGAGAUAAAAACAGAUAUAGAAGUGGAAGAAGAUAAGCAGAUUGAAAGAAAGAAUUCUAUAUCGCAGAAAGAAUCAGAAGAGUAUUUAGAGGAUGAAGAAGGGAAAGAAGAGUUAAAAGAAGGGAUGGAAGAAAAGGAUUCAAAUAAGCAAAAAAAUCCGUUUAGAUGGCUACGAUCAGCGUCAUCAGGAUCGAUAAUUUCAUCAUUAACACGAUCGCCAUUUCAGGGAAAUGCGGGAAUCCCGAUUAUUUCACCGCAAAUCCGAAGUAAAUCGCAAACAUCGUGUAUUAUUGAAGAAGGAAGCCAACAACCUAUAUCAAUAAAAAAACCAGAUAAAACAUCAACCGAAAAAUUGAGAGAAGAAUUUGAAAAGAUAUAUCAACAAGUGCCUAAUGAUGAGACUAUUGAUUGGGAUUUUUUCAGACUUAUGAUUAGUGAUUAUUCAUUUGUGGUUAAAAAGCACAAAGAAGAAUUAUCCAAUGUUAUUUCUUCAGGGGUUCCGCCUAUACUUCGUGGAAUUAUUUGGCAAACCAUGACUUCUUCUAAAAAUACUGACAUGGAAUAUAUAUAUCAUACACUUAUUAACCAAAAUGCACCUAACGAAAAAAUUAUACGAAGAGAUCUUCAUCGUACUUUUCCAAAACCUAUUCUUAGGGCAAUGGAGCAAUAUUCAUAUAAUAUUUAAUAUUUUUUUUCAUGUCAAAUCCUCCAUUCCUAUACAUAACUUAGAU